AUGGAGGGGUUUCUGCUUGCCCAUGGCUACCAGCUCAGCAGGACCCUUGGGGAGGGGACCUACUCCAAGGUGAAGGAGGCUUUUUCCCAGAAGCACCAGAAGAAAGUGGCAAUUAAAAUAAUUGAUAAGAAGGAAGUUCCAGAAGACUUCAUUCACAAAUUCCUGCCCCGGGAGCUCCAGAUCGUCAAGUGCUUGAACCACAGGAACAUCAUCCGCGUGCACGAGAUGCUAAAAUCCACCAAGGGGAAGAUCUGCCUCGUGAUGGAGCUGGCGGAGGACGGGGACAUCUUUGACUACGUGCUCCGCGAGGGUCCCCUGCCCGAGCCCCGUGCCAGGGCGCUUUUCCACCAGCUGGUCGAGGCCAUCUGGUACUGCCACGACAGCGGGGUGGUCCACCGCGACCUCAAGUGCGAGAACGCCCUGCUGCAGGGCAACACCUUGAAGCUGACGGAUUUUGGCUUUGCUAAGCUGCUCCCCAGGGACCGCCGGGAGCUGAGCUGGACCUUCUGCGGCAGCACAGCCUACGCGGCGCCCGAGGUGCUGCAGGGCAUACCCCACGACAGCUGCAAAGGCGACAUCUGGAGCAUGGGCAUCAUCCUCUACAUCCUGCUCUGCGCGCGCAUGCCCUUCGACAACACCAACAUCCCACAGAUGCUGCACCAGCAGCAGAAAGGUGUCUCUGUCCCUGGGCACCUGGGCAUCUCCAAGGAGUGCCAGAACCUCCUGAGAAUGCUUCUGGAACCAGACGCAACCCUGAGACCCUCCAUCGAGGUGGUCAGCAGGCACCCGUGGCUCACUAACCCCUGA